AUGGUGAAGAGGAUGAAGCUGCCUUCAAUCUUCAGAAGCAGAAAAGCUAAAGAAGCUGCUUCAUGGAAAUGGCUACCUUUUGAGCACCUCAAAUCCAUAUCACUCCGAUACAAAGACAACAUGUUUAAGAGCCACAGAUCUGCUCUAUCCAACGUUGUCAUGACAUCAUCAUCAUGCUCAUCACUGUCGAAGUCUUUGUCAGCAGUCGUGGAUGAAAAUGGUGGCGAGUUGGUAGAGAUGGCAGUAAAGGCACUGACGUCAAAGAGGUUGUUUUUUGAUCCGGAGGAGACGAGCUCUUUGAUAGGAGCAAGAGGGUUUUCAUUCCAGGAGUGUGUGGUGGAAGCAAUAGAAUCCAAUGAUCCAUAUAUUGAUUUCAGGAAAUCUAUGGAGGAAAUGAUUGAGGCUUAUGGGUUGAUGAGGGCAGGGAAAAAGGACUGGGAGUACCUAGAGGAGUUAUUGGCUUGGUACUUGAAGAUGAAUAGGAAGAAAAACCAUGGAUUUGUAGUCCAGGCCUUCAUUGAUGUGUUUGCUGGGCUUCCUUCUUCUUCUUCUUUUUCUUCUUUUUAUUAUAGUGCUUCGGAUUCAUCAUCAAAAUCGAAAGACUGGCGGGAGAUUGAGGUAGAAAGCAAUAUUCCUUCAUGUGCAGAGAAGGGAAAAUCUCCAAAAUAUUGUUGA